CCAGCUGUUAUCAGUCAAAAAUCACGUCAUAAGAAAGUAAAUAACGUAAAUAAACCAAAAAAAAACAUCUAAUUCCAAUUAAUCGAGUGGCAAUCAAAGUUCGAACGAUCCACCACAGCGAUAUAUCAACAAUUAUAAUAAUUACACAUUGACGUGAAAUCGUCACGCUUAAAUUUGUGACUUGCUACUAUUAGUUCGAGCAUGAUCUCGGCGAGGUAAUUCAAGCUAGCAGUGUUAGAUAAAUAACAAAUUAAAUGCCUCAAACGUUGAGCAAAAUGUCCCCCAUCGGGGUGAGCUGUAGGGACUACGUUCAUCCUUGGACGAAUAGCUGCCUGCAGGCCUCCGCAGGGCUCUAUUUGUACUGUGUGUACGAUUCUUUUAGGGUAUACAGCACCGUUUAUUUGUUGACUCUACUAAUGAAAGGCAGGAAACCCACUAAAGAAGAUUUAAAAAAAACCUUUUAUGGAAUAUUACAAUCCACGGCCUUCUUGAGCGGUACCGGUUUAGGUUACUCGCUCUUCUUGUGCCUACUGAGAAAAACCAUGGGUCACUACAAUCUGUUAACAGUAUCCGCCAUGCCGGCGUUUCUAUCCAGCGUUUUCUCCAUACUGAUCGAGCGACCGGGCAGGCGGAUUUUGCUCGCCCUGUACGUGAGCAACGUCGCCACCGAAACGCUGUGGAACAUGGCCAAAUCCCGGGGCAUGAUACAAAACAUACGAUGCGGCAACGUCGCGAUUUUCGGGGCGAGCAUGGCCGUCCUAUCGGCGUAUUUCAAGCGGGGAUCCCAGGAGGCCGGUGGUUCUCGCGGGGAUUCCAUGUUUAGGGUGAUGAGGUUCGUAUGUGGACCGUACGAGGAGAAACUGUCGGGUGAAAAUUCGAAUUCUGGUGGCGUUGUCGCGGAAAAUCCUGGAAAUUUAGUGGAAAAUAGGCGAAACAGGGCGAACAGAUUGUCGUUUAUUUACAAUUUUGUAGUGAAAAUGGCGCAAACUUUGCGUAUGUACGAGAAACACGAGACCUGUCGACAUCCCUUUAGUUGUUUCUAUUAUACUUUAGAGGGUACAGGACGGAUGUUUACGCUAGGUUUAGGCGUUCAAAUAACAUUGAAGUUACUAUUAAAUUUAGGCUCGUUGAUCAAGUCGCCUGGCAAGAUAAAGCAUAUACUGUUCAAAAGACAAACACUCAGCUUGGCCUUGUUCUUGGGAUUGUACAAUGGAAUAUUCAGGGCUUCUUCGUGCGCUACGAGGUGGAUCAGAGGCGAAGAUGGCGCUGCGAACGCCUUUAUCAGCGGCCUAUUGGCCGGAGCAGCCUUCGUUCAUUAUCCCGAUUCGACUGUAUCCUUGUAUGUACUGUGGAAAGUAGCGCAGAUAACGUACAAUUCAGGCAUAGAAAAGGCAUCGUCCCGAAAGUGCCGGGUUUCACGGAGUUCCUCUACUGCUUCAGCACGGCAGUUUUGUUUCACGCAGCUAUUUUGGAACCCACCAAUCUGCGGCCCAGUUAUUGGAAAUUCUUGCAUUCCAUCUCAGGCGGCAGGAUCGCUUGUAUGUCGAGAGCUCCGUUAGAUGUUUGGGGAUUGAAGACUUCGGAAUCGUUGAAAACAGUUCUGGGGCAAACGAAGACUAUACCAGUUUUGAAGCGUCUAUUAGUUUAAUUCUAACGUGCUUUUUGACAAAUUUCGACCCGAAACUUUGUUUUGUGUGUUUGUAUCACAUCCCCUGUAGCUUGACAGUUGGAAUAUUUUAUGCAAAUUAGGGAGUAAUGUAAGCAAAGAGGGCUCUGUUAAUUGCAUAAUUUCCAUUUGGAAAUUUGUACCGUCCGACAUUUCUUGUGUAGUAAAAGAUGCUGUCUUUGUUUAACAUCAAUUAUUCAUCUCUCUUACACAUCUAAUGCGAUAACCCACUGUCAAGUGUCAAGCUGCAUGGGAUGAGGUGUAGUAUAUUUACAGGUUUGUUAUGAAUAUUGUUUGUUGAAGCACCAUAGAAAAGUUUUUUAUGACCAUAUACGUACAAUUUGUGAUUUCCUAUUCCAUUAUUAUAGAUAACUUUUUUUACUUGGUGAUGUUUUGAUGGGGUUAUAUUAUUACUGUUUUUUUAUAUUUUUUUAUGAGUAUUUAUUAUUGUAGGUUUUUUGAACGUUUCAUGACAAACUGUUAUUGUGAUUUUGUAAAUAUAGUUGGAGAGAACAAUGGUUAAUUAUAUUUAAAUGAUGAAGUAA